AACAGACUAUCCCCACCAGGCUAUCACCAUGAAACGCAGUAUCAACGACACGGUCAAGGCGGACCAUGUCACAAUCCUAGCAUGCCACAACCGCAUCGUCUACGAGGGAGACAGGAAACAGAAAAUCCGAUUCCGGAACCUUUUUACCUGGGAGGUCGCUCGGACACUGGUCAGCAAAGAGCUGGUAUUGCUUCCCGCGAUGGAGAAAUUCCUACCGGAGGGCGACCUUCUCGCUCGCCAAAACCGAGAUAAUUACCACGCGGUCAAAGCGGAGCUGAAGAGGUUCCAGAAACUCGACCCGACCAGCGCCGACUUCCUACCAAGCAUCAACAAGCUGAUGGGCCACCUGCAGCCGCAGAUCAGAGAGGAGGAGGCACACCAGCUGCCCAUGUUGGAAGGCGUCAUCACCGAUAAGGAAAGCGACGGACUAGCCAAGUCGUUUAACCGGACCAAGAUCUUUCUGCCGACGCGCGCUCACCCUGGCGCGCCUAAUACUCCGUUCUUCGAGACAGCCCAUGGGCUAGUCACAGCGCCGUUUGAUCAGUUUGGUGAUUUGUUUCGCAAGUGGCCGCAACAUGUUUAGGUGUAUCUAAGUUUUAUAAUCAAAGAC